AUGUCAAAUUAUCACAAACAAACAUGGCUCAUCACCGGUGCCUCAUCCGGCCUCGGCAAAUCACUCGCCCUCGAAGUAUUGGGAAGAGGACAUGCAGUUCUCGGCACUACCCGUGAAGUACAAAAAGCACAGGAGACAUUCCCUGAAUUCGAAGAGACUGGCGGUACAUGGUUGCCUUUGGAUCCUGGUAGCAAGGAUACAUAUGACCGGGCUGUGAAGAUAUCCGAAAGUCAUGAUAUCGAUGUUGUGGUGAACAACGCAGGAUACGCGUUUAUCGGGGGUGCCGAGGAUACGAGUGAGGACGAGGUGCGCUCCCAAAUGGAAGUCAACUUCUACGGUCCUCUCCGUGUUAUUCGAGCACUACUUCCAAGAAUGCGCACGAAAAGGUCGGGAAGUAUUGUUUUGAUCAGCAGUGGAGCAGGAUUCAUCGCAAGACCAGCCCGAGGCACAUACUCCGCCAGCAAAUUCGCCAUCGAAGCCAUCCACGAAUCCCUCUCCCACGAAAUCGAGACCUUUGACAUUCGAGUCUUGAUAGUGGAACCAGGUGCUUUCCGCACACCGUUUUCUAGCAGGCUCAUCACUCCUGCACAGUACCAGGAUAAUGGUGGUUUCAGUGAGGGGUAUCAGGGUACUGCUGUUGAGCAGAUGGUUCGGGGGAUGCGUAACAGUACGGAGUUCAUGAAACUAAUCAAAGGGGAUCCUCGGAAAGCUGCCAGGGCGAUAUUGGAUGCUGUUGAGGGGGGGCAUGAGUACUUGAGAUUGCCUCUUGGAGUUGACUGUGUGGUUGCGUUAGAGAGUAAAAUUGGGAGUUUGCAGAGGGAUUUGGAUUUGACGAGGGAGGUGGCGAGGUCUACUGGUGUUGAUGAAUGA